AUGCGUGUUUGCUUCUUGACAUAUCUUCAUGCGCUUCCUCCAGCAAUCUCUAUCCAACAAAAAACGUUACUCCUUAAUAAAACUCCGUGUUAUGCGCGUAGAAAUGUUUGGUUAUUUGAGCUGGAAUCCAAAAUUGAAGUGUCGUCUUGGGAUCAGCCCAGGCUGGAAGCUGUUUGGGUUGGUCAUGUUAUCGAUCGUUUUGGAGUGCUGGAAGAUGCGGUGCGUGUGUACGGUAUUCGAAAAACAUACGUUGUGCUUUUGAAGCGAGUCAAGCAAAGCAUGGAAGCAAUCGAGAAUACAGGAGUAGUCCGUAGCAUCAAUUCCCGAGAGUUGGUUGUGGAUGUUUAUAUCCCGGAUGCGGACUUUGCAAAUGGUCCCGAGCUAUCCGUUCCUUUGCAUGUAUUCGAAACAGCUCCAGUGGUAGACAAUUCGUACGUAUUCAAGAUGUUCUUGAAGAAGGGACGCUGGUGUGUAACUAGUGUUACAAAGGCCGAGAAUUCCUCUGGUUCGCACCGCUCCAGUGGGUGCAUCCAGAACGAAAGAAAAGAUCUGCCUGUUGUGACAAAUUCAAGCCGCGAAUGCGCUGGAGGUUUCGAGCAUGACUCCUAUGUAGGUAUUGUUGUUGGUGAAGCGGAUAAAUGUCGAUUUAUUUGGACACCUUCGUUAGAGGGUGAAGGCAUAUGCAGCAUAUGGAAAAAUUUAGACAUUGGUGACUGGAUUCGAUUUUGGGUUAUAGUUAGGAGAUGGAUUAAAAUUGACAGCUUAUACCCAGUGCGUCAAGAUGGAAAAUCUGCUGUGGUGACAAUGGAAAUACCCAUAGAACAAGACUAUGAUCGUCCAGAGCCUCCCGCAGUGCCUUUCUUUGGACAACUGUCUGACAAGCAUGACUAUUUCGGAGCAAACAUCAAGCAAAUACGCGGCCACAAUAUUUUAGUGGAUCUAAGGCGAAACAAAGACUGGAGUGCUUGGAACAUCACUUAUGUAAAACUUCAGGGAGCGGCCAGUAGCUCGUCACGGUUCGACACAAAAAGAUCUGUUCGUGUAGCAAGCGAUAACAUGUUCGGGAAUAGGCGAGAGAGUUAUGAAAACAAAAAUGAUGGUGGUCUUUCAACAAGCAGUAGUUGCAGUGAUGGGUAUGGAGCGGAAGAUAGCGAUGAACGAGACUACCCAGAAACAGUAACACUUUAA